AUGGCUGGCAGACACCGCUUCUCCUGCUCGGCCCUGGUCUGCUGGUUGCUGGUGACUGUGGCAGAAGGACAAGAGGUGCUCCCCCCUGCCCCUCCCGGAGGCCCACAACAUAACGCGGACCCUACAGACUGCCAGAUCUUUACACUCACGCCUCCGCCCAUCACGAGGAACCCAGUAACAAGCGUCCAGCCCCUCACAAGGACACCCAAAUUUUUGCCCAGAAGAAAACUCCUAAGAGGAAGCUCAUCUGAGGAGCGCUGA